CCUCGCCAGGGUGGCUGCAAAAGGCACAGCGACGCGACACAUUCAGCACGUCUCCGACUAAGCGCGCACGCAUCGAUUCGGACCAGAGCGAUAAGCCAUGCUGCGCCGCGCCGCGCGCCGCCUCAGCAGCAGCGUCAAGGCCCAGCGCAAUGCGGCCAUCCAGAAACGGCGCGACGCGCGGCUCAAAACAAUAAACACGCCCUACGUCGCACCGAGCGUCGACGCGCGCGAGCGCGUCGGCAGCCGCGGCGUCUAUUUGAGGCAUAGCACCUUCGAGGCCGACGGCGCGUGCGAAGAGCUCACGAAAUUGCUGCGGAGGUGGUCCGCGCACAGCCUCGUCAAGGCUGUGGUCAUAGAGGGCGUGCAGGGCGCGUUCCGCACCGGCGACCGCGCGUCACUAUACAGAGCGGCGGCGGCUUGCGACGCCCCAAUAACGCAGCUCGUCGACGGCCUGUUAUUGCCGGGCGGCGUCGGGCUUGGGGGGAGGGGCUUCCGCGUCUGCGGCGACGGCGCCGUCUUCGUGCCGCCGUUGGGUGCGGCGGCCGUCGAAGCCGGCGUGACGCUCGACGGCGGCGCGGCGUUCGCCUGUUCAAGAACAGGCAACUACGGGCGGGCAGCUCUAGUGUCGGGCCUGCCCGUGCGCGGGACGGCCCUCAAGGCCUGCGGCCUGGCGACGCACGUCGUGACGGACCACGCUUUACAAAACCUCGCCGAGGAGCUCGCGGACGUCGCCGACCAGGCCUCCGACGCGGCGGCGGCGCGCGUCGCGAUCCAGGCGCAUCUGGAUGAUCGCGAGCAGGCGAGCCGCGCGCUGUUGAAUGAAGAGGGCGAAGUAGCGGCGGCGGCGUUUCUUGAACUGGGCGACGCCGCUUUUGUCGACGGCGACGUCGACGCGAUUCUCGGGCGCCUGGCCAAAUUGGACGGCGACGACGCCGCCGAGGCGGCGGCGCAGCUCUCGACGCACCGCGACCGGGCCGCGGCGCUGCUUGCUUUGGCCGAGAAGUCCGUGGGCCUGGGCUUCGAGGGGGCGCUGGCGCUGGAGGCCGAGGCGCUUCUUGCGGGAGAUGGUUAAUUAGUAUCUGUAGU